AUGGCAGAUGAUACAAUCACAGCCUCAGAAUUCGCCACAAGAUUAAGAGAGCAUAUACGCCAAUUGAGACCAACAAUGCCCAGAAACCAGCUUGGAAGACACUCGUUCGUUUUUGCGGAGCUAGACAAGUGCACGCAUGUAUUCUUACGCAAUGAUACUGUGCGUAAACCACUGCAGCCACCAUAUGACGGACCAUAUCUGGUAGUCAGUAGGGAUACCAAUACUUUCCGCAUAAUGAUUAACGGUACACCCACCACAGUUGCAGUGGACCGUAUCAAGCCUGCAUUUCUGGACGCAACAGACACCACAGCUACCACUGAACACAAACCAGAGAAGACAGGAGAAGCUACAAGAUGUGUUCCUAUACCCCAUGAACACCACAACCCUCAGCGAACACCAGUCACUGCAACACCAAGACCGACGUUGAGGACUACUACGCCACUCCCUGACACAACCACUGACACACGUGACGCACCGCCCGGUUUCAAGAAAGAAGUAGUUACAAGAGCUGGACGGCGUGUGAAAUUCAAUCUGCGGUAUCGUUAA